AAAUCUCCUCUAACCUACGCCUGCUGCUUGCUGCCUCGAGGCCCCAUCACCCCCCUGUGUGUGAAUUCGAACAGUCAAGAGUAUACCGAUCCAUCUCUCUGCUGCUGUCUGUCGACGACAGGAGUCUGUCUCUCUCUUGAGUUAGGGCAGAGGUCGGGUAUUAUACAGAGUGGGUGGGAGGAAAGGGGCACAUAGGUAGCUGCUGCACACGGCAUUUUUUUUCCAAUCGUGUAUGCGUACAGCGUCAAUUCGGGAAGAGGUCAACCAGAACUGCUUUCGCGUGAUGAUGAAGAAGAAAUAAAUCACAACCACCGCCUUUUUUUCCGGUGUUCGCCGUUUUUCCUCUUCUUGACAGCAGCAGACGAUGACAGCAGUCGUCACCCCUGUUCCGUGGGUACAAGGUGUGCUAACGAAAUUCCAGUGGGCGUCAAGCCUAAUGUGGACGCUUCUCCUAGUUGGUGUUGCGAGCGUGCGGAUGGCCUGCAUGGGGUCCGUUUCCGCUCCGCCAGGGGCAAUUCAAACCUCGCAAGGAUCAAAACGCCACCAAGCCUGCAAAACCGAGACCCGACAGUUGUCUCGGAAAAAAGCGGCGUUGCGCCCCUUCGUUCGUUCGUCUGCCGGUCGGUCUCUUGGCGGCCGCCGUGCUAUGCUGGCCUUGGUCUCAGCCGUCCACGUGGACCUGGUGGAAGGCAAAUGGCUGAUUGAGUUUCCGUCGGGGUUCAGGUGUAUAUGGAACGACCUGCCGCACGGCCUGCAGUUCGCGAUACUGUUUCUGAUGCUGGGGAUCCUGUACGGAGUCAAUCGGCUCUUCGACAAAGCCGACCAGGCUAUGUACACUCGCCUGACGUGCGCCACAGCAGGGCUACUGAAUGAAAAGAGGCACCACCACGCCCCCCGACUAUUCUAGCCGAACAAGAAACGGAGUCCACGAGAGACGAAACAAAUGCCCUGAGAAGGGUUUGGGUGUGGUUAGGAGCCCGUGUCCGCAUUGACAAUCGCUGUCAUCAGCGCACCGCGAUUGCCCUUCUCGGUUGAGCCUAAAAAUGUCGUUGAGAAAACGACGCUAUCAGCUUCAUCUUUGAACGGGCGUUCGCUUCGUCAGCAACGAGUGGCCCGUUUCUUGUGGUCUGGCAGCGACAAUAUAUGCAUGGGGGCAUCUCUGCACUUUCGGUGUUCCUAUUGCACCCACGGAGAACAAGUCGAAGUGGAGGAAGUGGGGCCCUCCACAGCCAUCUGCAGCCUCAUGUGCACCAAAACCUUGUGGACAUUGGAGACAAGAUGCCCCUUUGCGUGUGCAUGUGAGCGCGCGCGCGAUAAAUCUGUUUUUCCAUGAUUUUGCCAGUAGAGAGGAAUUAACAUUUGUGUGUGUGUGUAUAAUUAUGUCGGAGGUGUGCUCCAUCGAGGUUCGUGUGAUUUUUCUCAGAAGUCGACCGUAGUUGACACAGCUGCGGGUGGAUGCAGAAGUAGGACCCGAACGGGACAACGGAUAAACUAUGUGUACAUAAACGUAUGGACGCAUGCCAGUAAACCCCCUGAUGAGGGGGGGUUCAUUGGAUUCCAUGCGUUUUUUUUUUGUCUCUGCUACUUAUCAUUUAUUUUAGCAUCGAGCGUCGAUUUGCUUCAUUUUCAUAUUUUUAUUGUCUCCUGUGUCUUGCUUGUAUGCAAGUCCGUGACCACGGAAGGUGCGUCCGCGUCAGGGUUGGGACCAAGUACGGACGUUAGGAGGUACUCGGAGGAGUCUUGCGUACCAUCCAUUGC